CUCUUGUCUUUGUUCCCUACGACGCAGCGUUUCCUCUUGUUAUAGGCCUCUAGUGGGUGUCAGUCAGAUUUUUACAAGCACCGCCCCAGCUCUGCAGUUGGUUGGCUGCAAAACGUCUCGGAGCCGUGGUUGGUUUUUACCCCUGUCGCUCAGCGCUCUUCGUUCUCCCCCAUCUCUUCCCAGGGUGCUGUGCGUGUCGCGGCCUUGUUCGCGCCUUCAGCCCGCGGAGAGCCCCUGCCGCCAUGUCAGAGUAUCCCGGAGCCCAGACCGGGAACCGCAAGGAUGCGUUUGCCGAUGCUGUGCAGAGGGCCCGCCAGAUUGCCGCGAAGAUAGGAGGCGAAGCCACCGGCGGAGUUAACAACACCCCAGAGUUCAACUUUGGAGGGCAGAAAAGGCAGUUAGAGGAUGGAGAUGUGUUUGGGUUUCCUUCUCCAGACCAGCCAGAGUGUAAGAAACUGGCAACCCAACCUGAACCCAUUCCCCCUCCGCUUGCUCCAGUUCAUCCUCCAAGGUCGUCUUCCAUGACAGAAGAGUAUCGUGUUCCAGAUGGCAUGGUGGGACUCAUCAUUGGUCGUGGAGGAGAACAGAUCAAUAAGAUUCAGCAGGAGUCUGGGUGCAAAGUACAGAUAUCACCAGACAGCGGCGGGAUGCCUGAGAGGGUAGUUUCCCUGACUGGAAGCCCUGAUUCUGUGCAGAAAGCUAAGAUGUUGCUUGAUGACAUUGUUGCAAGAGGUCGAGGUGGUCCCCCUAGCCAAUUCCAUGACAACUCCAAUGGGCAGAAUGGAUCCUUACAGGAAAUUAUGAUCCCUGCUGGUAAAGCCGGACUGAUUAUUGGCAAAGGUGGAGAAACCAUAAAGCAGUUACAGGAACGAGCUGGUGUCAAGAUGAUUCUGAUACAGGACGGGUCCCAAAAUACCAACAUGGAUAAGCCUCUGCGUAUAGUGGGAGAACCGUUCAAAGUGCAGCAAGCCUGUGAAAUGGUGAUGGAUCUUCUGCGGGAAAGGGACCAGGCCAACUUUGACAGAAAUGAGUAUGGUUCACGAGGUGGAGGAGGAGGAGGAGGAGGUGGUAUUGAUGUACCUGUCCCCCGACACUCCGUGGGGGUUGUUAUAGGACGCAAUGGGGAUAUGAUUAAGAAGAUCCAGAAUGAUGCCGGUGUCAGGAUACAGUUCAAACAAGAUGAUGGGACAGGUCCUGACAAAAUCGCUCACAUCAUGGGGCCCCCAGAUAGGUGCGAGCACGCAGCAAGGAUUAUUAGCGAUCUCCUUCAGAGUUUAAAGACUGGGCCCCCGGGUCCUCCAGGUCCAGGAAUGCCUCCUGGUGGCAGAGGAAGGGGUCGGGGGCAGGGUCCUUGGGGUCCUCCUGGUGGUGAAAUGACGUUCUCUAUACCCACUCACAAGUGUGGACUGGUGAUUGGAAGAGGUGGGGAAAAUGUGAAGGCAAUUAAUCAGCAGACUGGAGCAUUUGUGGAGAUCUCCAGGCAGCCGCCGCCCAACGGGGACCCCAAUUUCAAGAUGUUUACUAUUAGAGGCAACCCCCAGCAGAUCGACCACGCCAAGCAGCUGAUUGAGGAGAAGAUUGAGGGUCCUCUUUGUCCAAUCGGACCUGGUCCACCUGGCCCAGGCCCAUCGGGUCCCAUGGGACCUUAUAACCCAGGCCCCUACCAGCCCGGUCCUCCAGGAGCCCCUCCACACCAAGGACCCCCUCCUCCUCCUCCACCUCAUCAGUACCCUCCUCAAGGCUGGGGAAGCACAUAUCCCCAGUGGGGCCAGCCCCCAGCACCUCACGACCCCACAAAACCACCUGCUCCCACGGACCCCAGCGCUGCAUGGGCUGCUUACUACUCUCACUACUACCAACAGCCCCCUGCUCCCGUCCCAGGGCAACCCCCAGCUGUUCCUGUACCCCCACCCCAAGGAGAACCCCCACAACAGCCCCCGCCUGCCAGCCAGCCUGACUACACAAAGGCCUGGGAGGAAUAUUACAAGAAAAUGGGUCAGCAAACUCCGCAGCCGGCGGGGCAGCCAGACUACACAAAAGCAUGGGAGGAAUAUUACAAGAAGCAAGCCGCUCAAGCAGCAGCAACUCCAGGAGCACCGGCGGCGGCGGCGGCAGCAGCAGCAACAGCGGCUCCACCUGCAGCACAGCCAGACUAUAGCGCGGCAUGGGCAGAAUAUUACCGACAGCAAGCAGCAUAUUACGGACAGGCACCGGGAGCUCCCCCCACACAGCCCCCACCGGCACAGCCGGGGCCACAGGCCCAAUGAAUGUCCCCUGACCCGUUGCCAGUCUGAUGGAGAGCGUUCCUCUGCUGCUGCUGUUCUCACAGUGGGGAGAAGUUGUUUGAAGAGUCGUCUAGUCGUUUUUAUUUUAUCAUUUUAUUUUUUUUAGGACCCGCCCUCUCCUCCACUUUACCCAGGAUGUCAUCUUUUUUCCAAAAAGAAACCAAACGCGAGCCCCCAGAGGCCUGUUCAGUGCAAAGCAGGUGUAGGAAUUAGGACUAAUCUGAGCGCAACCCGCCCCCCCGAAACCCCCUUACAAACCUUCUUUCCCCAGCAAAGACACACGGUUUUAUUCACUGGAACCGUCCUGUGAGUAAUAUAUAUAAUAUAUAAAUUUUUUUGUUAUUUUUUUUUUUUAAAGUAAAGGUUACCUCCCCAUGUCCCUGUGCUUUUAGUUGAACAUUCCCUGGUAUCACCCCCCAUGCUGCCUGCUGCUCCCUCCCCUACGACUGGGGUCCCGUGAAGGCUGCAGCUCCCUCCCCAGUGCCUCGGGGGGGCGGUGGAGUCAGCUGGUCCGUCUCACAGCUGGGGGGGUCGUGAUGUGUUUUUGUCUGUUCAGAGACAUGGAAACUGUACGCUGAGUUUUUACUUUUUAUUGCCUGUUUUUAACUUCACAAUAAACCAAUGAGAAAACUCUCCCAGCUUCCACGUUA